UCCCGGUAGAUCCAAGCUGGACUUGUUAGGGGAGGUUUCCUCGCUUGGACGACCUGAGGACUUUGCAACUGCUGCUGAGACCAUGGCUAGCAAUGGGACAGAUGCGCCUGCCGAAGCUCACGUUGCUAUGGAGGAACCCGUUGUGCAGCCCAGCGUGGUGGACCGUGUUGCUGGCCUGCCUCUUGUCAGUUCCACGUGUGGGAUGGUGAGCGCCGCCUACACCUCCACCAAGGAGAACUACCCCCACGUCAGGACUGUGUGCAACGUGGCCGAGAAAGGCGUCAAGACCCUCACCACGGCCGCGGUCAGCACGGCACAGCCCAUCCUGUCCAAGCUGGAGCCCCAGAUUGCGACGGCCAGCGAGUAUGCACACCGAGGGCUGGACAGACUGCAGGAAAGCCUGCCCAUCCUCCAGCAGCCGACUGAGAAGGUUUUGGCGGAUACGAAGGAACUGGUGUCAUCUACAGUGUCUGGGGCUCGAGAAAUGGUAUCCAGCUCAGUGUCUAGUGCGAAGGAAACGGUGGCCACCCGGGUCACAGGAGCGGUGGAUGUGACCCUCGGGGCUGUGCAGAACAGCGUGGACAAGACCAAGUCGGCAAUGACCAGCGGCGUCCAGUCAGUCAUGGGCUCACGUGUGGGACAGAUGGUGAUGAGCGGAGUGGACAGAGUGCUUGUGAAAUCAGAGGCCUGGGCGGACAAUCGCCUGCCCCUGACAGAUGCGGAGCUAGCCCUGAUUGCAACGCCCCUGGAGGACUCGGACAUGGCCUCCUCACUGCAGCAGCAGCGACAGGAGCAGAACUACUUUGUCCGGUUGGGCUCGCUAUCCGAGAGGCUGCGCAAUCACGCCUAUGAACACUCCCUCGGCAAGCUGCAGAACGCCAGGCAGAAUGCGCAGGAGACGCUGCAGCAGCUCACACGCGUGCUGGGCCUGAUGGAAUCGGUGAAACAGGGCGUGGACCAGAGGCUGGGGGAGGGGCAGGAGAAGCUGCACCAGAUGUGGCUCAGCUGGAACCAGAAGACCCCACAGGAUGCUGAAAAGGACCCAGCUAAGCCAGAGCAGGUGGAAGCCCGGGCACUCAGCAUGUUCAGGGGCAUCACCCAGCAGCUGCAGAACAUGUGUGUGGCCCUGGGGGCCAGCAUCCAGGGCCUGCCCAGCCACGUCAGGGAGCAGGUCCAGCAGGCCCGCAGCCAGGUGAACGACCUUCAGGCCACCUUCUCCGGCAUCCACUCCUUCCAGGACCUCUCAGCCAGCGUUCUUGCCCAAACUCGGGAGCGCAUAGCCAGAGCCCGGGAGGCCCUUGACAACACUGUGGAGUACGUGGCCCAGAACCCUCCAGCCAUGUGGCUGGUGGGCCCCUUCGCUCCUGGAAUCACAGAGAAAGCCCCUGAAGAGAAAUAGGGAGAAGGAUCAGGGCCAACAUCUUGACUGCUUUUCCCAACAGUCCUAUUGCACAACAGGUCCUCCCCUACUCUGAAUCUGAAUGAGACAUGUGUUUAACCUAUUCCCAUCAGUCUUUUAAAGCAAAUUUUUUUCUAGAAUGUUCCAGGUGGUAGAAAGAUCCAGAACAUUCUAGAAAAAAAAAAUUUUUUUU